GGAUUAUUACAACAAAGUGGACGGAAAGAGAAAUAUACAAAAGCUUCUGGAAGCGUCUUUAUCUGCUACUAUAAUAAACCAUCUUUCAUCUCUAGGGUUUCGUUAUCCUCUUCAUCUCCAUUUUGCUACCUACCAACUAAAUUUCUCCGCUCCAUUCGGAAAUGGCAGCUGCUCAGAUGACCGCCGCCGCAUCUUCAAGCGUUUUUCUGCCAUCAUUUGAAGGUCUUAAGCCGUCAACAAUCAAGGUUUCAUCCGCGUCCUUUAGAAUGGGUGGUGGUUUAACUCUCAGAUCAACCCGUGGACUCGUUGUAAAAGCUGCCACUACUGUAGCUCCUAAGUACACUACAUUGAAACCAUUGGGCGAUAGAGUAUUGAUUAAAAUCAAGGCAGCAGAAGAGAAGUCUGCAGGUGGUAUUUUACUCCCUUCAACAGCUCAAACAAAACCUCAAGGAGGCGAAGUAGUUGCUGUAGGAGAAGGCAGGACAGUUGGCCAAAACAAGGUGGACAUAAGUGUAAAGACUGGAACACCAGUUGUGUAUUCCAAGUAUGCUGGAACAGAGGUUGAGUUCAAUGGGACAAACCAUCUGUUACUAAAGGAAGAUGAUAUUGUUGGUAUACUUGAGACAGAUGACGUGAAGGAUUUGAAGCCUCUUAAUGACAGAGUCCUAAUCAAGGUCACAGAGGCUGAACUAACUACCGCCGGUGGCUUGUUGCUCACACAAGCAAGCAAAGAGAAACCCUCCAUUGGCACUGUGAUUGCGGUGGGGCCGGGUCCGUUGGAUGAGGAAGGAAAAAGAAAAGAGCUGACAGUGUCUCCAGGGAACACUGUUUUGUACUCGAAAUAUGCGGGGAAUGAUUUCAAAGGGAGUGAUGGUUCAGAGUACAUUGCUCUAAGGGCAUCAGAUGUCAUGGCUGUUCUUUCAUAGAUUGUGUGUUUGUGGUUAAGUGCUUUAGGGAAACUGGUAAUGAAAUAAGACCUUGAAAGAA